CACCACACCACAUCCACUUCCACAGCGCUUACAAAAGAAAAAAGAAAAUGAUUUACGUUCCUCACGUUGACCACACCACCGUCGCCACGGGCGCCAUCUUCGUCCUACUCUCCCUCUCCCUUCAAUACGGCCCACUCUUUGGUCAAUCCUGGCUCGCAGCCAUGAAGAGGGAUAAGAAUGGCGAUCACUGGAUGCAAAAGGACCCUAAGGCCAGUCUCCCUGGUCUGUUUCUCAAAGAGUUUCUUCUCAGCCUUUGCAAGGCUUGGACAACAGGUCUGCUCUUGAACUUGACUCAGGCAGGUACGAUCUUACAGGCCGCACAACUGGGCGCGUUCCUCUUCUUUGGCACCGUCGCUCCCGCCAUCACCUCCGAGUACCUGUGGGAGAAGCGCGGCAUGGAUCUCUUGCGGUUCAAGUAUCUCUCAGGAUUUGUCUCCACCGUUCUUCUUUCCGUGCUUAUGAAUUCCCUCGGCACCGCUUGAACGAUCCCCCCCUCGUGAACAACAAAUGCAAGGACGAACGAACGCACCGUGAAGGACACAUGUAUAUAUGUUAUAUAUUUGCAAGACUGGUAAUAGUCAUUGCAUAAUCGUGAG